AUGGCGGCGCUGAGGCAGCUCCCUGAGAUUUUCCUCUUUGUUGUUCUUACUCCAAAUCCAGUUCUAGCUGUGCCGCAGACAACCCAGCUUGCUGUGAGAUGCGCGUCUAAGAAAGCCGGGGGCAGCUCCAAAAAUUUGGGUGGUCGCAGCCCUGGGAAACGUUAUGGAGUAAAAAAAGUAGACGGUACCUUUGUGCACGCAGGCAACAUCUUGGCUACCCAGCGGCUGAUACGCUGGCAUCCAGGGGCUUAUGUGGGGAUGGGCCGAAACAAGACCCUCUACGCCCUUGAAGAUGGGAUUGUGAGAUACACCAAAGAGGUCUAUGUCCCUCCACCGCGCAGCAGUGAGAGCAGGGAGAUCAUCUGUCAGCUGCCUAAGGGAGCAGUUCUUUACAAAACCUUCAUCAGCGUUGUCCCUACCACAGAAGUGGGAAGCUUCAAACUGGUGGAUAUGCUUUGAUUUUCCUAUAUCACAUAGGAGCAAGAGGUGGAGAGGAACUGCUGGGACAGAUCACUAGCUGGUCUGGCACCCCAAGACAUCAUGUCCUGGUAGAAUAUUUAUUCCAGCUUGGAAGCUACUUGUGUGGAACUGUGUUCUUGCUUCUAAAGCACACAUGCUCAGUACUUGGGCACUGGAAUCGCCUGCAGGCAUUAUAAGAGUUUAAUAAAUGCUUUUUUUU